CGCGGCGGGACGCUAGCGAAAGGGGCGUGCGUACGCGAACGCUACGGUGGCUGUCGUGGGUCAAGCGUGUCAUUGCGCGAAGUUGCCGGCGGCCUGCAGCCAGCAUGGAGCCCGGGGAGCGCAAGGAGGCCGGGGGCUGCGCGACGGCGGAGGAGGCGGCCGGGCCCGUCUUCACGCUGGAGGAGGUGGGGAAGCGGAAUUCCAACCGCGAGGCCUGGCUGGUUAUCCACGGGCGCGUCUACGAUGUCACCCGCUUCCUGGAGGAGCAUCCAGGUGGAGAAGAAGUUUUGCUGGAACAAGCUGGUAGAGAUGCCACAGAGAGCUUUGAAGAUGUUGGGCAUUCCACAGAUGCCCGGGAAAUGCUGAAGCAGUACUACAUAGGGGAGGUCCACCCGCAUGAUCGUGAAAAAGAAGGCCCUAAGAACCCAAGUGUGACAUCCUCAGGCCAAGCAAGUUUCUGGUCAACGUGGCUAAUCCCCAUCUUCGGAGCCUUGGUCAUAGGGUUAAUGUAUCGCUACUACAUGCUGGAUGGGAGAACCUCCUGAACUGAGCUGCUGGGACCUCAGAAAGCCUUGAAAGAGGGUGUGAGAGAGCGUGUGCAUGCAACAUGCAGAGCUCAGCUUCCCUUAACCUUUUCUGCCUUGCUUAUGGCUUUGUUUGUCAAAUGAUGUUGAUAUCCAUGGGACCAAGCUAACCUCAAACAUUCUCUGUCCUAACUCGGAGACCCACGAACUUGUUGUGCUUUCCUCUGGUGGUGUCAGGGCAAGGGCAGCUUCCUGGCGUUCCUUUACCCUUGUGUGUGGCUCCCUCACUGUGUAUGCUCCUGCACUCGCUCUCUCGCACUCCCUUCUCGCUCUCUGAAGUAAACCAACCACGACCUUUCUUCUGUCAAUGCCUUUUUGUUAAGCCAGACCGGGGUGAGAGGGCUGCUCGUGAGCCUGUGGAUUUGCCUCAGUCCUUCACGCAGCAGAAAUAAACUGCGAGUUCUCCACAGUCCUUCCCAGGAAAGAUGGCUGGAGAUGUGGUUCCGCAGUAACUCUCCCAGUGCAUGCAGGCAACACUAAUUGGAGCAGCAGGAAAUUGUUAGCUUGGCUACCUCUUUCUGUCUGUGUCUGUUUUUAACGGUUCAACAAAUACAAGUAUUUUAAAAGCAA